GCAUGCUCAGUGCACACGAGCGAGGUCAGGAUGCCGACCAGCGUGGUGAAGGUGAACAACAUGGAGGUUUCCACUGAGGGCUCGGACAAGACCGUCAUCAACAUCAGCGUCACCCAGGAGUCAUCGCUGGCCUUCCUGGUCAGGUCUGUGCAAUGGGCAAGGGCCAGGCCUGGGGCACCCGCCAGCCAGGGCCUUGCCAAGGGCUGCUGCCGCGGGGAGCAGAAAAUGCUGGGGGCCUGCCAGGUGCUGCUCGGGAUCGUGUGCGGGGCCAUUGGCGUGAUGCUCGGCUUCGCACCGGACACGGCGGAGUUCUGGUCGGGAUCACCGUUCUGGACAGGUGCUCUAUUCAUCAUCUCGGGAGUCUCUUGCAUUGUGAGCGAAAAGCGUGGCCCGGGCUGUGUGGUCUGGCUCACCUUGUUGCUCACCCUGGCCAGCACUGUCUCGGCCACCGUGGCUGUGAUCGUGGGGGUUCAGAACAUGGCAUGGAAUUUCCCCCUCUCCAGCGGCCCCUACCUGUGUGACUCGGUCCCAUCCCCGCCCUCGGACUCCGAUGGCUCCUGGAGGCAGCGCAACUGCAGGAGAGAGUUCAGGCACUUUGAGAACCUGUUCCUGGGCGUGCGGCUGCUGCUGCUGCUGACCAUGGCCACCGGCCUCUGCAUCGCCUUCUACUCCUUCCUCUGCAGCUGCUGGGCCCUGUGCUGCAGGAAGCAGGAGGGGGCCGAGGCGGCAGGGAGCAAGGAGCCGCUAUUGGCCUCUGACUCCAUCGUCCCUCUGGAUGAGGAGAAAAGCCAGGAUAUCUGAGCUCCCAGCCAGGCUCCAGCUUCACUCUGCCUGGUAACCACUCACCUCCACUCCAUGUUUGUGAAGAUGAGCUGGCUUGGCUAAACCCGGUAGAGCCAGAUCAUGCAAUUCAGUGGGACACGUCAAUGUGUGUUA